CUCGACUUAAAGGAUUGCUGAUUAAUCGAUUAACCCUUUCAUAUUGAUCUCUUGUGUCCCGUCUGUGAAAGCUCCUGCAGCUUUAAUGUGAGCCCACAGUUUCUGCAGCAGUGCACCAGGAGAGACACACAGUGGAGAGGCUUUGUAGAGAUGAUGAAAUAUCAGUCUCAUUGCACAGUUGGCUUUGCUUGCUUUGUCACUAUAUGUGAGCUGUUCCCAGUCAACAGGUGUCCCACGGGCUAAUCUCCCACUCUGCUGACUGGCUGGUGGCCAACAGUUGAGUUUCAUUGACGCCUUAUUUCGUCAUUCCGCCCCCUCCGCUCCUGUAAGGUAACUUAAAGGUUUCCUUGUCGGGACAGUUGGGUUUCAGCACAGGGAGAGCACGACUCUCCAAGCAGGGAGGGAAACUCUGCAGCAGCAGUCCCUCAUUAAAAUUCCCUGUCCGUACACCCACCACGAAAACCUCCUUUAGUGGGUGGCACCGGCGUCCUGCGCGCCUCUUUAAUUGCGCACCACGCAUUAACGAGCGAUCACGGUUUCAUCAGCAGUGACCGCGCGGGAUCACGCUGCCUUGAGGCGGAGAGAGUUGGCUUCAUGUCCCGCGAUCUACGGCGUCAAGGCUGAGAGAGAGUAAACGAGGUGGGCGCAGAGUCCCAGAGGUCCAGCAAAGGGUGGCGCCCUACGCAUCUCAUCCGGCGGCUGGACACGCUGUGCGGCGACCCACGGCGACACGGUCUGCUCCUGCAGCGGGCUUCACUUGGCUUCUGGCUGCUGCUCAUGAUUGUGACAUUUCUCCGUGGGGACUGGGCAACAUGUGCGCCUGGAUGGUGUGAAGUGUGACACAGCGGCUUUGGGGGUUUCAUUGCUCUCGGAUACGCCAAGUACCCGACGUUACGGCGCACCUUGUGUAUAAUAGAGAACCAUGAGCACUGUGGAGGAGGAACCGGAUCACAUGAUACCAUGAAGACAAGCCUGCAGGUCCUGCGCUGCCAGCUGCUGAGUGUUCUAGCAUUCCUAGCACUGCCAGUAGGACUGGUGUCAUCAGCACAGGAGCCGUAUCUCAGCCAGACAUCCCAGGACUCUGUCUCCAUGGCAGCCGCCCACAGCAGCCCCCUCUCUGCGCCCAAACCUCCCCCACACGACUGGCAUCAGGAAGGCUCCAGCAGCGGAGAAUGGUCAUCCAAAGGAGGCACCCAGCCCUCAAGCAUCAUCCUCCCGACUGUUGCCCUCCACCCUUUGGCCUUGCUUCACACAACCCAAUCUUCCAGCCUGGCUCAUGACGGCUCUCCAGUCCAUGGCGUGACCCCAAACACUGUGAGCAUUCAUGUGAAUCAGCCCCCGGAGCUGAGCUCUGAUAACGUAAACCAAGGCCACAUGCACAAAUUGGUCAGGGUACCUCAAGUCCAUAACCCAGUUACUGUCAGCACUAACCAGGCCAGCAGCAGCAGCAGCCCUACAUCUCCCAGCACAGCGGUCCCAAAUAUAGAUGUGGAAUCUACUGCCAGAGGAGCUCCAAACCCCCCAGCUCCUCUAUCCAGCUCUGGAUCAAACAGAGGAGACACGCUUGCUGCACACCACGUAGAGCCUCAGAAGCUGAGUGUGGAGGAACGUGUUGACUCUGGCUCGAAGCAUGUUCCAGAUCAUGAGCGCCCCUCUUUUUCCUCUUCAUCGAUGAAUGCUGAUCCUGCAGCAGGCCUGAAACUCAGGGAGCAUGCUCGGGGCGCCCCAGAGCUGGCUGCACACCAUGCCAUCACCCUGAGGGAGGUGCACGGAGUGAGUGAGCCCCCCACUCAUGAACUGGUGCUAGAGCCGAAGGAAGGGUCUGUCACUCCAGUCCAGAGCCCGCCCGAGAAUCUAACUUCCACCGCGUCCACUCCAGCGCUGUCCACUGUGCUCGGCCUCAACACACAGAAUCUUACAGUUAUCCCAGACAACUACACUGCAUCCAACGAGACCACCACUGAGGAAACUCUUGGUCGGGUGGUGCAAGGUAAUGGCACAGACAAUGCCCCUGUAGCACAAACGUUGGGGAAUGUGACUGCACUUGGAGGGCUGGUAUCUAACGGCAGCUCAGUCGAGGACACACCAGGUCAGGGGAACAUCUCAGAGCCCGCCUCCACAGCCAGCGGGAACUUCCUGAUCCGGCAGGUGCCUGCCACUACCCAGGACCCCUGGACGCCUGGCAACAGCUCAGGCCCCACCGUUGACUCCCCGUCGUCCCGCAUGACCAUCUGCUUGAGCAAGAUGGACAUUGUGUGGAUCGUGCUGGCCAUCAGUGUGCCUGUGUCGUCAUGCUCUGUGCUUUUGACUGUGUGCUGUAUGAGGAGGAAGAAGAAGUCGUCAAGUCAAGAGAACAACCUCAGCUACUGGAACAACGCCAUCACCAUGGACUACUUCAGCAGGCACGCUGUGGAGCUGCCCAGAGAGAUACACACUCUGGAGAGUGAGGAGAGGGAAGCUGAGGUUGGAUCAUGUGUGGGAUGCCCCUGGUGACACCCAGGAUCAUGACACCUGUCUACCCCCUAAUGGAGACUACAGCGGCAGCAGCGUGGUCCUGGUUAACCCUUUCUGCCAGGAGACCCUCUUCAUCAACAGGGACAAAGCUUCUGCCAUCUAGAGACAGGAAAAAAAGAGACACUGUCUGAUUCUCCUCUUCUACUCCCCCUGCUGUUGUUGUCUAUUUUAUAAAUGUGGUAAAUAUUCAGAGACUUUAUACUGUAUAUGACAAAAAACAACCUGAAAGAAGAGAUGAUGUAAACAGACACUAUUUACUAUGAGGAUGCACCUGCAUAUUUUUCUGAUGUACAUUUUCUACAAAAGGCUUAAUUGUGAUAAAAGGUUUUUAUUGUCUUUAUAAAAUACAGAGUAUAUGUGGUUUUGUUUCAUUACGGUGGCUUGAUGGUGAGUGCACUGUGGAUGUUGCCACAUGAAAACUGCUUUAGAGAGAGAAACGUGCUAUGAAAAAAAAAAAACAUUAAAGCUGUUCUUUGUAAUUUUAUUUUCCUUUAAAAUCAAUCCCAAAAUACUUAUAGCCUGUUGAACUUGAAUAUAGCACCUAUAUGUUCAUGGGGGGGAAACAGGGACAGUGUGUGAGAUCAGGGCCCAUAUUUAUCAAACUGAGAAGUUCACUUAAAAAUG